CACGAAAAGAUAAAUGCUGUCUACCAAACGUUGUGGUUAGUGGUUACCUCUCUCUCUCUAGUACUACCACGUGACGGUGAUGCCACCAAAGACUUUGGUUUCUGAGAAGGAUUUGUUGGCCUUCUGAAAUGUACUGUUUCUUUCAGUACAGGAUUUCAUGAUCAUUAUUAUGGUUGGAUAUAGAAUGGAUAUUUAGCUGUUGAGUGCUAUGGUCAUAUGAUUUACAAGUUGAUGCUACUGUUGGUUUGAUCCAUUGGAGCACCAGAGUCACUCUGAUGAAUUGUUUCUCUCUUCUUUUCCGAAAAAGGAGGGCUUCCUCAGCCACACAAUCAACUGAAGUUGAUAUAGAUAUUUCAAACAUUCAGAAUGUCAAUCUUUACACUUACAAGGAAUUGCGAAUUGCCACCCAAGGUUUCAGCCUAGCAAACAAGAUAGGGGAGGGAGGUUUUGGAUCAGUUUAUAAGGGAAAGUUGAGAAAUGGUACUCUGGCUGCUAUAAAGGUUUUGUCAGCUGAAUCAAGACAAGGUGUCCAGGAGUUCUUAACAGAAAUCAAGGUGAUCUCUAGUAUAGAGCAUGAGAAUUUAGUUGAGUUGUAUGGAUGCUGUGUGGAAGGAAACCACAGGAUUUUGGUGUAUAGCUAUCUUGAGAAUAACAGCCUAGCACAAACACUUCUUGGUGGAAGCCAUAGUAGCAUCCAAUUCAAUUGGCAUGUACGGAGGAACAUUUGCAUUGGUGUUGCCCGGGGCCUUGCAUUCCUUCAUGAUGAAGUUCGGCCACAUAUUAUUCAUAGAGAUAUUAAGGCAAGCAAUAUAUUACUUGACAAAGGCCUCCAGCCCAAAAUUUCAGAUUUUGGCCUUGCAAGGCUUAUAGCACCAGAUCAGACCCAUAUUAGUACACUUGUUGCUGGUACAUACGGCUAUCUGGCACCUGAAUUUGCAAUACGAAAUCAAGUUACAAGAAGAGCAGAUGUAUAUAGUUUUGGAGUUCUGCUACUAGAAAUUGUUAGUGGGAGAUGUAACACAAACAGACAUUUACCUGCGGAAGAACGGUAUCUACAUACAAGGGCGUGGAAUUUGUAUGAGAGGGGAGAGCUGGAGAGUUUGGUGGAUGUCAUGUUGGAUGGAGACUUCAACGUUGAGGAGGCGAUAAGGUUUUGUAAGAUUGGUCUUCUUUGCAUUCAGAAUUCUCUUCAGCUCAGACCUUCUAUGUCUACUGUGCUUAAAAUGCUAAUAGGCGAAACAGAAGUGAAUGAGGAAAAGAUUACAAAACCUGGCUUAUUUGAAUUUCUGGAAGCCAAAGACCAAGGGAAACAGAAAGACAUUGCUGAAGUGGAGAAAACAUUUCUUUUGGCUGGUAAAGGGAAGCAUGAUGAUUCAUCUUCAUCAGGAACCAUGAGUUCUUUUGCCACCAUGACCUUCACUUCAAUUUAUGACCGGAGCAAUUAAAUUACCUAUUGUUAGGAAACUGUGCAACCGGCCAUUCAUAAGUUUUUCCCUUCCCCUUGUAUCCAAAGUUGUCUAUCUUCACUGCCUUUUGGAACUACAAACUACCGAGUCAAUUUUUGUGCUAUAUCUUCUUCUCAUACUAGUCAAUAAAUCAUAAUUAUUGGUUCAAUUUAGGAAU